AUGAUAGGUUCGAGUUGUGGGGAUUCUUCUCUUGUUAAUCGUGGCUGUGAUGAUGUUACUUCCGUUGCUAGUGGAAAUGUUCCCUCGAGUCGGAACGAAGAAUCUGUGACAAGUUACUCAGAUGUUCGUGAAAGAUUUUAUCUUCCUGUUAAUGUUCCUGAUGUUUCAAAGCCAAAUAUUAAUCAAUCUUUUCAGAGUCUGGAUCAGGCUUUUGUAUUCUAUAAAGAUUAUGGUCGUUUAAGUGGUUUUGAUGUGAGGAAGGGAACUGAAAAGAAGGAUGCAUUUGGUACUAUUACUUUCAAACACUAUACAUGCAGUAAAGAAGGUUCUAAUGAGUUUCGUAGUAUUUCGGACAGUAAUUCAAGUAAUGUGAAGCGUAGGCGAACUGCUUCUACAAGGUGUUGUUGCAAAGCGAAGAUAGUUUUGAAGCUUAAUAAAGAUAGACAAUACUUUGUCUUUAAGUUUGAUGAAGUGCAUAAUCACCCCUUGGUUGAUGAAUCUGGAAGUAAAGCUUAUGGAUUGAUGAAAGAAAUGGUUGGUGGUUAUUCGAAUGUUGGAGCUACAUUGAGGGAUUUUAGGAACUUUAAUCGGGAUUUGAAAGAGUACAUUGGUGAAAGAGAUGGGCAGAUGUUGAUUGAUAAGUUUAAAGUUUUUCAGGAGAGCUCAAGUUCUUUCUAUUAUGCGUAUGAGCUUGAUGAAGCAGGGCGUUUGACAAAGCUUUUUUGGGCUGAUGCAAUUUCUCGGAGGAAUUUUGAGGUUUAUGGUGAUGCCGUCUCAUUUGAUGCGACGUUUGACACAAAUAAGUAUAACAUGAUUUUUGCCCCAUUUACUGGGGUUGAUAAACAUGAAAAAUGCAUAACCUUUGCUGCAUGCCUUUUGUCAAAGGAAGAUGUCACGCACUAUAAAUGGGUUUUUGAUCAAUUUUCUACAUGUAUGGGGCGACAUCCUGUUGUUAUUGUGACAGAUCAGUGUCCUGCAAUGAAAAUUGUAGUUUCUUCGUCGCUUUCUUCGAAAAAUGGUCUUGUUGCUACUAAGCACCGUUUGUGCAUGUGGCAUAUCAUGCAAAAGUUUCCUAUAAAGCUUGGUUGGGAAGCUGUUAUCAAAGAAUUUAAUUUGGAGAAUGACAAGUGGCUGACUGAUAUGUAUGCUAUUAGAUCAUUGUGGAUUCCAGCCUUUUUCAGAGAUGAGCCUAUGUUUGGGUUGAUGAGGACCACACCUAGGUCAGAAAACGAGAAUUUUUUCUUUGCUCAGUUUCAUAGACAAGCUGACACAUUAUGUGAGUUUUGGUUGCGGUUUCAAAGUGCCAUGGAAAGACAAAGAAACGAGACAAAGAGACUGGAUGAAGAGUCGAAAUCAAGCUUUCCUACUACUUUGUCUAGAUGGUUUAUUGAAGACGAUGCAGCUGAUUUGUUCACUCGAACGGUUUUUUACAGAGUUCAGGAGGAAAUUCUGGCAGCUUGUUUGGAUAUGCAGAUAAAGCGAAUGAGUGAAGAAAUAGAUGGUGUUACGAACUUUAAAAUUAAGGAUGUGAAAGUUAAAGAAAAGAUCUUCAAGGUGUCGGUUAGUAAAGAUCAUGUUGUUUGUUCCUGCAAAAAGUUUGUGAUGUGUGGUAUAGUUUGCCGACAUAGCUUUUGUGGCAUGAAGCAAAUUGGAGUAACUAGAUUCCCUAGAAGUCUUCUUCUUAACCGUUGGUCCAAAAUUGCGGAUUCUGGAAGCUCAUGUGAUAUGAUAUCUACUGAUUACUUGAAGAUGGAAAAUGUUUCUUUGAAAUUGAUGAACAUUUGGUUUGACUUUCGUCAAGUUCUUAACAAGGCUGGAUUGCAGAUGGAAGCUCCGGAAUUUGUUCAUAAGACAGUCAAGCAGUUGGGCAGUGAAGUUGGAGGUGGUUGUACUGAUGGUGGUGGUUUUUCAAAAAAAGACCAUCUUGCUUCUUUGAUUGGUGACCAACCUCAGGGUGAGAUUACAGUUUUAGUUCCUAAUGUUUCCAAAAACAAAGGAAACUAUUUCAAAUCAACAAGGUUGAUUAGCGAGAGAGAGAAAACAAUUACUAAGUCAAAAAAGAGAAUCCGAAAGUGUAAAGAAUGUUUAGCAACUACUCAUGAUUCACGUAAUUGUCCAAAGAAGAAGUUACAGAAAUAA